AUGAGUAGAAUAGUUAAAAUAUCAUUGAUUUUAUUUAUAUUCAAUUUUUAUUGUUUAUCGAAUAUUAAUGGUCAAGCAAGUACUUAUUGUAAUCCAAUAAAUAUUGAUUAUACAUAUAGUAUUUAUAAUGCAAUUGAUAGUUUUUCCUAUCGUUCUGGUGCUGAUCCAGCUGUAGUUAAAUUUCGAAAUGAAUAUUAUAUGUUUGUUACACGUUCAAUGGGUUAUUGGCAUUCAACCGAUUUACUUCAAUGGUCAUUUAUAACACCUGAAAAAUGGUAUUUUCAAGGAUCAAAUGCUCCAGCUGCUCAUAAUUUUAAUGAUUCUGUUUUAUAUGUAACUGGUGAUCCGUCCGGUUCUAUGAGCAUUCUUUAUACAGAUAAUCCAAAGAAAGGUGAUUGGAAAGGCAUACCAUUAAUUAUGCAUGAUUUACAAGAUCCAGAUUUAUUUAUCGAUGAUGAUGGUAAAGCUUAUAUGUUUUGGGGUUCAUCAAAUACAUAUCCUAUUCGAGCAAAAACACUUGAUGCACAAGAUAUGUUUCGUCCAUCAAAACAAACUUAUGAAUUAUUUAAUUUAGAUGAAAAUAAACAUGGAUGGGAACGUUUUGGUGAAAAUCAUGGUGAUAAAGUACUUAAAGGAUAUAUUGAAGGUCCUUGGUUAACAAAAUAUAACAAUACAUAUUAUAUGCAGUAUGCAGCACCUGGAACUGAAUUUAAUGUUUAUGGUGAUGGUGUUUAUACGAGUAAAUCACCUCUUGGUCCAUAUACUUAUGCACCAAAUAAUCCAAUAUCAUAUAAACCAGGUGGAUUUAUGAAUGGAGCUGGACAUGGUAGUACGGUAAUUGGACCAAAUAAUAAAUAUUGGCAUUUUGGAUCAAUGGCAGUAUCAAUAAAUGUUAAUUGGGAAAGACGUAUAUGUAUGUUUCCAACCGAAUUUGAUAAAGAUGGGUUAAUGUAUACAGAUACUUCAUUUGGUGAUUAUCCACAUUAUGCUCCAACAGUUGCAGGGAAAAUGGGUGAAUUUACUGGAUGGAUGUUAUUAUCAUAUAAAAAGUCAGUUAAAGCAUCAUCUUAUUAUGAUAAUUAUAAACCUGAAAAUAUUGUUGAUGAAAAUGUGAAAACAUUUUGGGUAGCAGAAAAAAAUGAUAAUCAACAAUGGAUUGAAAUUGAUCUUGUCAAUUUUGGAAUUGUACAUGCUAUUCAAAUAAAUUAUCAUGAUUAUAAAUCAAAUAUUUUUGGAAAAGUUCAAGGAUUAUAUCAUCGUUAUUUAAUUGAAAGUUCAAUUAAUGGAAAAAAUUGGUCAAUCUUAAUUGAUAGAAAAAAUAAUUAUAAAGAUGUACCUAAUGAUUAUAUUGAACUUGAUACUCCUCAAGUUGUUCGAUAUAUUCGCUAUAGAAAUAUUUAUGUACCAACACCGAAACUUUCUAUAUCUGAUUUACGUAUAUUUGGUCGUGGUCAUGGUAAAGUUCCAACUAAAGUUAGAAAUUUAGUUAUAAAAAGAAAUAAAGAUCGACGAGAUGCUAUGAUAACAUGGAAUCAACAAGAAAAUUGUCAUGGAUAUAAUGUUCUUUGGGGAAUUGCUCCAAAUAAAUUAUACAAUUCAUGGAUGGUUUAUGAGAAUAAUUUUUUAGAAUUGAAAAGUUUAUCAGUAGAUCAAAUUUAUUAUUUUUCUGUUGAAGCUUUUAAUGAAAAUGGUAUUUCAGAACGUGCAAAUAUUAUUAAAAUCGAAUAA